GCUGGCAACUAUGGUUACUCAUUCGUUUUGUUUUUGUCGGGACGUUUGCGUUCAGUUUUCUUCGUUGCGCGUCAGACAAUCUCGAAUGAGUAACCAUGAAUUGUUCUAAACCGUGCAAAAAACGAGGCCGCUAUAAGAAAUUUUUGCACCCUGGUGCAAAAUUCGAAGUGCCGAAGUCGACAGUCAGCAGGCACCGGCUCGCGAGCGUGGCGGUAAGUAAAGACUCGUUCAACCAUGCACACGCGCACUCGCUGGCAUGUAGUACAUAUAGCUCCCUUACCCUUUUUCUUUUUUCACAUAAAUAGGUAUGUCCAGCUGCCGAAAAUCAGGCAGGCACGUCUCGGCCCGACGGGGAAACCACAAGAACGGCGGAUGCUAUCGCUCCAACGCAAGGAUAUGCGCGAAUUGAUGCUUUGCUUCUGAAUGAAAAUAUCACACAACCAGAUGAGCAUGUGCCUUGCGACUCGAGUGAGGCAUCCUAUGACAGCAUGAAUGCAGAAGAACUAGAUCAGGAUGUGCCUUGCGACUCAAGUGAGGCAUCCGGUGACAGCAUGGUAAGGAGCGUUCACGCACACUUAGUGGAAGUUAUUUGAACUUUUAAGGAAAUGGCUAGAGUGCACAAUAAUUUUGCCAUACUGGUAGGAGGCGGUGCUUAAUUAUUGUAGCCUACCCUAAAGCAGCACCCUAGUUUGAAGCUGACCUUUCACAAUAUCUUGCAGAAUGCAGAAGAAUUAGAUGAGGAUGUGCUUUGUGACUCAAGUGAGGCAUCCAAUGAUAGCACGGUAAGCAACAUUCAUGCAGUCUUGCCAGGCAUCUGUGUGGUUCAGAUGUGCUAAUUUCUAGUUCACCAGAUGCACUAAAAUUUUGCCAGCUUCUUGUGGAACAUGUACGUGCUUUAUCCUAAAAUGCAUAAAUUAAGUUUGAAGUUGUUGUGUAAUGACCCCUUUAAUGGUAUUCUUUUAUGGAAACAUACAAGAGCUUUUGCCCUACUUUGCCACUGUAGGAUUUUUGUUGAUUCCUUGAUAUAUAUUUAAUCAGGGAAAUAUUGUAAUUUAAUAAAACAGGUCUAUUUAUGUGUGUUGCUGCAACAGACAUAAAUGAAAAGCAUGUAAUAUUAAAUUGAGAAGUCGGCGACCUGAUGUUCAUGCAUACUUCUGAAUGGCGUGGAAGAGACAGAUGAAAAGAUUUGUGUCGCUCGCUUUCAUCUAUCCUGUACCUUUGCCAUUCUCAUAUGCACACUGUAUAAGUAGUGUUGGCAUGGCUAAGGAUUAUAGGACAAAUUCAUAAAUAAAAAUUUUUUUUACAGGGUCAUGAGCAGCCAAAGAAGAGACGCCAUAUGUCCCAGCCAAGUGCAAAUUUCACUGACUUAUUUAAGGAAAUUGUGACCGAAAAAGUUGUAGUUUCAAAGGGGGACAUUCUGUUAAUGGUGAUGAAAUAUGCACUCAAAACAAAUUUGUCCUUAACAGCGCUUGCAAACCUCAUUGAAAUGAUUAAUUUGAUGUUUGAGCGACCGAUUUUGCCUCACUCACAGUACAUGUUCAGUAAGUUAUGUAGUAAUGUUGGGGCCAAAAUGACAUUUCAUUUUUUUUGUCCGAAGUGUUAUGUUCAUGCAGGCCAUUCUCAAUCGAAUACUUCUCUUCAGUGUCCAAAGUGCGGCCAUGCCAUGGAGGUUUCUGCCAUGGCAGAUGCACCAUUCUUUGUUCUGUUAGACAUUCCAUCACAAGUGCAAAAGCUCAUCAAAGACUGCAAUAUACUUGACCUUACAAAACCGCUUAGACCCUGUGACACCUUCUCUGACAUUACAGAUGGAAAGUUGUACCGUGACUUUGUUACCUCUACAAUUGGUUCUGGCAACAGGAUCAGUUUUACCUUAAAUACUGAUGGAACACCCCUUUUUAAAUCUAGUGGGACUGCCAUCUGGCCUGUUCAACUUAUUAUAAAUGAGGUUCCACCGGAGCAGCGAAUGAACAAGCUUGUGCUGGCAGCACUCUGGUUUGGAAAAGAAAAGCCCAAUAUGGAAUUGUUUCAAGGCGCUUUUGUAGAUGCACUGAAUAAGCUUGGAGAAGAGGGGUUCCUGCUUGAGCAUGAAGGGGAAGAAAAGGUUUUUAAGGCCUUUUGUAUCUGUUGUGCUGUAGACUCAGUUGCAAGAGCACCCAUGCAGGGGAUAAUGCAAUUCAAUGGUUAUUAUGGGUGCAACUGGUGUCUGCAACAGGGAGAAAGAAUUGCAGGGACAUUGAAAUAUCCUGUGCAACAAAAUGAACCAGUUGAGCGCACAGAAAAGCAAAUGCUGCGGGAUAUGGAAACAGCACUAAAGGAUGGAAGCCCUGUGCAUGGUGUUAAAACAGUAUCACCCCUUAUAAAUUUGCAACAGUUCAACAUAGUGUCUGGAUUUGUACCAGACUACAUGCACUGUAUCCUGCUAGGCCUAGGACGUCAGUUCUUGGAUUUAUGGCUGGAUGAAACUGGACGUGACUUUUACAUAGGUCGCCACCUAAAAAUUAUAAAUCAACGGUUGCUCUCAUUAGCACCUCCAAGAGAAGUGAAAAGGAUGCCCAGGUCCUUGAAAGAAAGGAAGUGGUGGAAAGCUAAGGAGUUGGAAAACUGGAUUCUUUUUUACAGCCUUCCAGUGCUUGAGGGGAUCUUGGCGAAAAAAUAUUUGCAGCACUGGGCAUGUCUUGUGGAAAGCUUGCAUCUGCUCCUUGAGAAGGAUUUGCACACCUGCGACCUUAUAAUUGCAGAAAAAUAUUUGCUGGAAUUUCAUAUCAAAGCAGAGAUUCUUUACGGCAAGGAAUCAAUGACCUUCAACAUGCACCAGGUCACCCACUUAGCCAAAAGUGUGCACCAAUGGGGGCCGCUGUGGUCCCAUUCAGCCUUUCCAUUCGAAUCUGGAAAUGGUUCAUUGAAGGCAAUUGUAAAAGCAACAAAUGGAAUUCCCCACCAAAUCUGCCGCUCACUGCAAAUGCAGAGUGCAGUCCAUGAGCUUACAAAACUAACUGAAGCACCUCAAAUUCUGUCUUACUGUUCAUCCUUCGAUAAAACUGUAACUCAGAAAGCAGUGUCAGUGUCUGGAGAUAUUCAUUUUUUUGGUAGAGGAGCUCCAUAUGCACAAAGGGACAUAUCGGUGCAAAAUCGUGAGAAGCUUUCUGGCCAUGUUCAAGAAUUUUCUCGUGUAUUAAAAAAGAAGACGAUCCUCACAAACAAAAAGUAUGCUGAAAACAAAAAGACUAAUAGCUCUUGUGUUCAGCUUUCCAGUGGCUCAUAUGCCAUCAUUGAACAUGUAUUAUGCGACAACAACUCACGAGCAUAUGCCAUAGUCACCAGGCUGAAGUGUUCUCCUCUGAGGUACAUGACAACAACCAUGAGGCAUCUUUUGAAAGUGGUUGGUCAGGCAACAAGAAUGGAGCUAAUUGAAUUGGCAGAAGUCUGCAAAGUCUGUGUGUUUAUUGAGCUAGAAGAAACUUAUGUAUCUCCUGUUCCAAGCUCUUUCACACUGUAGUUUUACGGUGGUAGCGGCUAGAGUUUUGGUGGAAAUCCAUUUUGUCUUGGACUUUUCAUGUGUUUCUCAAAACAACACAUCGCGUUGACACUUUGAAUAGCACUUGUGUUGUCUAUUUCUGUGCUCCUGUGUGUCCGAACUUUGGCCACAGAGCUAGUAAGCAUUAUGCACAAAUAGAUGGAACAAGAAUUCAGGAUCACCAUUCGGCCUCUAGAGUCUGUAAAGGAGUAUCUUUAUCUAGGUCAAUUAGUCACAGGGGACCCUGAUCAUGAAAAAGAAAUUUACAGAAGAAUAAAAUUGGGCUGGAGUGCAUACGGCAGGCAUUGCCAAAUCCCGACUGGGAGCUUACCACUGUCGUUGAAAAGAUUAGUGUACUAUCACGCUCAGUAUGAGCUACACCGUUGGAGCGUGUGGCCAAGCGCACUGUAAGGUUGUACAGUGGCGCGAUCGGGACAUGUUUUCAAGUUAACUGGGGAGGUUUUGGCUGUUGCUGCGAGUGCACAUCGCCUCCACUUGCUUUCAGCCUCGCUUCGCUACACCCUGUGGUGAUACCAGCUUCGAAAAUGAUAACUGCCGCCGUGGCGUGACGCCCAAACUUUGUGCUCGACAAGUCGAGCUUCACAAGACAGGUGAUAUCUAGCCUUGCUUUCAAAAUAAAGGAAGGCGAGGGUGAAAGCAAGCAAGUGGAGGCAAUGUUCACUCGCAGGAACAGCCAAACCCUCCCCUGUUAACUCGAAAACAUGUCCCGAUCGGUGCCACUGUACAACCUUACAGUGCGCUUGGCCACGCGCUCCUGCGGUGUAGCUCAUACUGAGCACGAUAGUACAAUCAUUGCACUCUACCGGUGCUAACAUAUGGGGCAGAAACCUGGAGGUUAACAAAGAAGCUCGAGAACAAGUUAAAGACCGCACAAAGAGCAAUGGAACGAAAAAUGUUAGACCUAACGUUAAGAGACAGGAAGAGAGCGGUGUGGAUCAGAAAACAAACGGGGAUGGCCGAUAUUCUAGUUGGCAUUAAGCAGAAGAAAUGGAGCUGGGUAGGCCAUGUAAUGUGUAGGAUGGAUAACCGGUGGACCAUUAGAGUUACAGAAUGGAUACCAAGAGAAGGAAAGCACAGUCGAGGACGGCAGAAAACUAGGUGGGGUGAUGAAGAUAGGAAAUUUGCAGGCGCAAGUUGGAAUCAGCUAGCGCAUGACAGGGAUAAUUGGAGAUCACGGGGAGAGGCCUUCGUCCUGCAGUGGACAUAAAUAGGCUGAUGAUGAGAUGGAACAAAAGAUCAGUAUCAAAUUUUCUGUGAAAUCAGGCAAAGAGGCAGCAAUACAUCAAACGUGAAAAGCCUAUAGAAAGGAUACCUUAAAGGAAAAAUUUAUUCAAAUAUGUCCCGCAUUUUUGGAAGUCUCUGAGGACACCAACGAUGAUGCAAGGUCAGGGCACCCCACCACCUCGCAUGAAGGUGUAAACAUUAAAGGGACUAGCGACCAAUUUUGUGGUGCCUGUUUUUUUAGUGAGACAAAAAGUUUAUAUCUCAGAGUGUCCUAACCUGCAAUGGUAAACAUUUUUAUAAGUUUUUCAAUCCGCAGUGAGGAUGUACUUGUACAAUUGAAAUAUACUGGAAAAUGUGAUAAGAGAAAGAUGCCACAGCUCUGCCAUUUCAGUUGUUGCCACGAAGGCAGCACCUCUUAUUAGCGUGAACAUUUUAUAUAGAAAUAGAAUGUAAUAUAAAGAUUAGGAUUUUAAACGGUAAGUAUGGUGCACCUAAAGGCAGCCGACUUAAGCACAGCAAUCUAUGAUUGGAUACAUCUCACGUACUAAGGUUUCCGACCAGGUCGUACCACUUACCGCUUUUUGAGAUUAUCAGCGCCAAUUUAAAAUUAAUUCCAUUUAAAUAGCGAACAGCAUGCUCAAUUCUCUCAAUGUAAAUCAUGUCUUUUCAUUUCCACCAACUUCUCAUUACAUGUUCUGGACAGUUCUGUGUCCCUUAAAUUGUAUGCCUUCUCUUGUGCUCACCAACCGUGGAAUGUUUGUUACAUCGAAAACAUUUGGUUUGAUGAAAUUGCGGGUGGCAUUUUGACAAUUCAAAAGAGGACAUAGCAACAGCUAAAGCACUUAACAGAAGCGGACCUCCAACGGUGCUACCAGCAAUAGCAUUAGUGGCACAACCAUACUUGGUAUGCUCGCAGGCACUUCGUUAGCUUGGGGCUUUACGUGCUGAAACCACUUUCUGGUUAAGAGGCAUGGUGUAGUGGCGGACUCUUGAUUAAUUUAGACCACCUGGGCUUCUUUAACAUACUCCCAAUGCAAAGCGUUCCAACAAAAGAAUGCAACUGCCCUGUAGAACAUUAGUAAAGCCAAUUUUAGAUGCGUAAUCAGUUUGGGCACCUUGCCAUUCCUCCGACUUGAAGCAACUCGAGUCCGUCCACAAAAGAGCAGCUAGAUUUAUCUUUAGCCAAUAUAAUAACUACUACUCAUUGCCAUUGCACAUUCAGUCUCUCUUUACAACCCUUGCCUCUUUAGUGCUUCUCCAUCAGUGCCUUAUGCUGCACAAGCUUGUUCCCUUGUCCUCCGACGUAGAUGCGCCUAUCUCACUGAUAGAUCCCUCCACUUUCAAAACACGUAUAACUCGCCUACUAAAGAUUGUCCCAUUAUUGCCCCAUUUACAUGUACUGAGAGCAUAGUACUGCAGCACAAACUGGAUGGUUUGCUUAAAUUUAAGCCGACCAAAGAGUGCAUACAAGAGGUUGAACAACACAUUGUGGGUUAAUUUCCUUUUUUCUUUUCAUCAGUAACUGUUUGCGCUUGUACAAUGUCACAAAUUGUUCUUGUGGCAAAUUUUCCUUGUAUGUUGCAUGUAUGUGAUUUCUAACUUUAAUUUUCUUCUUGUACCUGCUCCUGCAGUGCUACUUUUAUGUCCACAGUAUCUGUAAACAAAUGAAUAAAUGUAUUAUGCCUAAUAUACCGGAUGCGCGAGGUAUUUGAGAACACAAUGUUGGCUUCAUGCAGAGAAAAAUAUCUCCAGCAAAAAUAGACAUAUUUUCACCAAACUUUGGGAAAUACUUCUCUUUGGUUUAUUUCCACGAUUACUUAAUGAAUCUGCCAUCCGCAGCAAUAACCAAUUCAAUUUGGCUUCGGAAAUGGCUGCAUGCACGGAUCAGGUGGUCCUUAGAGAUGUUGGCCAUUGAGUCAGCAAUGGCAGUCUUCAGCGAGUCUUUUGUAUUAAAUGGCUGUUUGUUGGCCUCUCUCUCAACGACGCCUCAGACAUAGUAGUUGAGCGGAUUCAAAUCUGGAGAACUAGGAGGCCACAAGUUGGGAGUAACGUGGUCGUAGAAGUUGUCAACCAGCCACUCCUGGGUGACUGCAGGCGGUGUGGGCGGGAGCCAAAUCUUGCUGAAAGACAUACGGUCUUCCUUUCGAAACAGUCUCUAUCCUGGGCUUUACAACGGUGGCAAGCACGUACGCGGCAGCAUUAAUGCAGAGUCCUCCUGCAAAAAAGUGGCGGCAUCAUGUCGCCCUCGUUGCUGACGACAGCCAACACCAUUGCAGGGAAAUUUUGAGUGUAUCACUGUAGGCACCUCAUCAGCGCUUGCAAAAAGCCACCGUCUUUACGGCGGUUAACUUUUUGGUCUUGGUCCUUUUCCUUUUCAUGUGAAAAAAACCAGAGCAUUCCAGGCUCCUCAGAUAUCUUCAGCUUGCUUAGCAAGCACUUGAACCGGAGCAGACGAUUCUCCCGAGUUUGAUCGGACAUGAAUUGCCCCCUCCUUGUGACAUACAAAUGGUACCUCAAGUCCUCGUGCACAGCGAGCCUGACAGUCGACUCUGCGACUUGGAGCUCCUUUGCGAUGGCCCGCAUUGACUUCCCUGGGUUGUCACUCACGAUGACUUGCAGCCGCCGGAGAAAAUCGGGGGUUCGGACAACGUCUGACAGCUGACUGUGCUUUUUCCUUUUUGCCAGAUGCCACGUCACCGCCAGAACACAUCAGUUCUGUCCGCACCUUGUAAACGAAAGACUUCGCCAUGUUCAGAAAGGUGGCAAUUUCCAAGUCGCUGUGGUGUGCGGCCAGGGCGACAAGGACUGCAUGGCGUUUCAUUUUCUGCGUCAACCUGUAUGCUUUCAUCUUCGAACAAACUGCGCAGUAUAAAUGAUAAGGGGUCAACCAACAAGAAGGCGCAUGCCUAGAUAGAUAUGAUGAGCCUGCUGGUGUCUAUGGCGAUAAGGAAUAGUGUUGUUCAAGUACCUCGUGCACCCGGUAGUGUAUAUUGAAGGUGACCGCACUGAUAUGUCUGAUAGUUUGUGAAAUGAUAGUUUUAAUGGUGCACGAACAUUUGGAAUGGAAUAUGUAUAUUGCUUCUCGUAUUCAGAAUGUGAAUCAGACUAUGAUGUAUGUGGUUCAAUGUGAAAUUAAUUUUUUUGAGUGUACUGCAUGCACUAACAUUUUACCUGGCCAGCUCAUAGAAUGUUUUUUAUAUUUCGGUUCAAUGUGAAUUUCCUUGUCUAUGUACAUAUGACUAUUGAGAGCUUUGUUGAAUUGUAGAUUGAGAUAUUUUAGCAGACAGUGCAUGAAGUUGAAAUAAACUACAUUAGUGAAAAAUACAAAGGUCUUCCUUGUGCUCAUUUCUACAGUUUGCAUAAAGUGGUAAUUUUGCCAUUGAUGUUUGCGACAUUUAAUAACUCCGCACUAUUCUUUUAUAGCAUAUACCAAUUGGAAGAUGUAAAGUGCACAUGUGACAAUGGUAUGGGACAUUAAUAAAACUAAUUGAUUGCGAUAUUGGGAUAUAUAUUGGGAGAUUUUUCAUUAUUUGGCACAAUAACUAUUUAGAUGCAUCUUGAAAUAAUUCCAAAAUACACUAGACAAUGCAUUGAAGUGUCAUAUUAAUUAGUAUUACAUAAAUUUACAGCAGUAUUGUACAUGACAGCUAAGAGUGAAUCAACUGCAAGAUGUCUAUGUGAGAAUGCACCUGCAACUGGUGCUUCCCAUUACGACCAAUUGGUGCAUCCCAUUGCUGACCAAUUGAGCACAUAUUAUUCGAGAACCAACAGGAAUGCAUUUCUAAUUGGUAAAACCAAAUGGUCCAACUGGAAUAGCAACCUACCAGUUGCCCAAUUGGUGCUUCCUAUUGCUCACCAAUUGGCCAAUUGGUGCAUCCCAUUGGUGACUAAAUGACCACUUGGAGAACCAAUUGGUGUAGAGCCCGCAGGUUAGCAUUUCAAUUGGACAUUUCAGACCAUCCAUUUCAAACCUGUUGGAUAAUGGGUCGCACCAACUGGGGCCAAUUGAGACCAAUUGGGACCAAUUGGAAUUUCCAAUGGGUG